GUAUUGAAGACGAGACAAUCUACGGCCAAUUGCGAGGCACAGCAGCGUUUUGUCACGCAACCCGUAUAUUCGCAACAAUGGCUUCGCCUCUCCUUGCCGCGCGGGUAGUCCGCAAGACUACUUUCAAUGUCGCCGGCAAGCGAUUCCUUUCCGAUAUUUCCAUUACUAGAACUGGCAAGCCUAUCAUGCGUGUUGAGGGUGGCCGUUCAUCCCUUGGAGGCCAUACCGUUACCGUAUUUGGCGCAACUGGCCAACUAGGACGAUACAUUGUCAACCGACUGGCUCGCCAGGGAUGUACCGUCGUUAUUCCCUAUCGUGAGGAGAUGGCCAAACGUCAUCUCAAAGUCACUGGAGAUCUUGGCCGUGUUGUCUUCAUUGAGCACGAUCUUCGAAACACCUCUUCAAUCGAGGCCAGUGUGCGACACUCGGAUGCUGUUUUCAAUCUGAUCGGCCGUGAUUAUCCAACCAAGAACUUUUCCUUGGAGGAUGUGCAUGUCGAGGGUACCGAGCGAAUCGUUGAGGCUGUCUGCAAGUAUGAUGUCGACCGAUAUAUCCACGUUUCUUCCCACAGCGCCAACUCUCAGUCCACCUCGGAAUUCUACCGCACAAAGGGCCGAGCUGAGGAGGUUGCCCGCAGCCUUUUCCCCGAGACCACUAUCGUCCGCCCUGCCCCGAUCUUCGGUUUUGAAGACAACCUCCUGUUGAAGCUAGCUGGUGUCACUAACCUUUUUACUUCCAAUAACAUGCAAGAGAAGUUCUACCCUGUUCACUCAAUUGAUAUCGGUGCUGCUCUUGAGAAGAUCUUCUUUGACGACACCACUGCAGGACAGACCUUCGAGCUUUACGGUCCUAAGAAGUACAGCAUGGAGGAGAUUUCUGUCAUGGUUGACAAGGAGAUUUACAAGCAGCGACGACACCUCAACGUGCCGAAGGCUAUCUUGAAGCCUGUCGCUGAGCUGCUGAACAAGGUGCUUUGGUGGCACACUAUGUCGGCUGAUGAGGUCGAGAGAGAGUUCUUGGACCAGGUCAUCGAUCCCAAGGCCAAGACGUUUAAGGACCUCGGCAUCGAGCCUGGUGACAUUAUCAACUUCACCUACCACUAUCUGCAAGGAUUCCGAAGCCAGAACUUCUACGAUCUCCCCCCUGCGACAGAGAAGGAGAAGCGGGAAGAGAAGAAGUACAUCCACGUUCUGGAUGAAUUGUAAAGAAAAGGAAUCCAAUUUUUGCGUGCCAUGGAUGCUGCAAAGGCAGUUGGUGAUCAAGGGCUGAGCGGACAGGGAUAAUAGUCCGUGUAUAUAGGACCGCAUAAACUAGAGGUGUGCGAGAUCCAACAAUUGCACAGGUUUUCUUUGGAUUGAAAGCAUAUCAAAUAAUUGAAGUUCAGGAAGUUAGUCCACAUUUAACUACCCUAUAGUGAUCUUUUUCCAUUCAGCCUUUAGAAGACGAAGAGCAGCAAAGACUACCCCGCCAAACCCACACACAAAACCCUUAAUCGUAGGUAUCCGGCUUAAACCUUUGCGCUUAGUUAUACAUCGAGACAAAAAAGAGCAGUUUCGACUACAAUUUUCCGAUGUCUUUUGAUGAUGAAGAACCCAUAAGCCUCUCGAGUCACGCCUUGGCCGCGUUGGCCGAGUUCCACGCCGAAAAGGAUGCCCAUGAAAAGACAUUCCAGAAGUUGAGGACCGGCGCCGCCCCUAGAGCCGGAGCCGGACUCGGGGUGGUUGAACCGGAGGACGAGGAUCCUGUAGCGGAAGAUGUGGACGACCAGCCGCUGAGCAUGGCCGCCUUCACGGAGGACUGGAACGAAUCGCAGUUUUGGUUCCUAGACGAAACUGCCUUGGCCCUCGCCGAUCAGCUCCUUGAUGGUGCAUCGUCGAGUUCAACGAUUGGUGUAGUGUCGACACCAAGUGUAUUCAUUGCACUUAAGAACCGCCUUAGAUUCUGGCCUGUCGAAGAUCGACCAAAGCUGGUGUUAUUUGAGCAUGACCACCGGUUUAGUGUCUUCCCUGAAUUCGUGUUCUACGACUUCCAACGACCUCUCCAACUUCCACUUAACCUCAAGGGCAGCUUGGACAGUGUUAUCAUUGACCCUCCUUUCUUCAGCAAUGAUUGUCAGACGAAGUUUGCUCUGACCGGUCGCUGGCUCAUUAAACCAAAGUCGCCCCGUGUCAUUGUCUGCACUGGCGAGCGAAUGGCUCCCAUCAUCGACAAGCUUUACAGCUCUGUUGGAGUCUACCCAACCACGUUUGAGCCUGCCCACGCAGGAUUGAGUAACCACUACUACUGUUACGCCAACUUCGAGAGCUCGACCUGGGACUGGCGACCGGAUGAAUCCGAUUAGUAUGGCGGAAGGACGGAGCCGCAAAUCUUUGGAAAGAAGAAACUUGCUGUACCCAAACCGCCAAGAAAAGUCGUGCAAGACAUGGCCACACAACUGACUGGAAGUAUGUUGGGCCUAUCAGUAUAUCCAACUUAUGGAGACGCUCGUGGAUUUUUGUCAGCCUAUUCGCGAACGCAGAAGUUCGCCAAGUGGGGAGAAGCACAUAUAUAUCGUG